UUGACUUAAUUUUCUGAUGGGGAUGUUGGAAUAUUGGUUUUAGAAUCUCUGGACUUUUGGGGUGGAGGGUGAGCUGGAAUAUGCUCAUGAUCAAUGACAAUGAUCAUGAUAAACUUGUCUGGAAGUUGUUUGCAUCAUAAACGUUUUAUCUCUCUUUUUCCGAGUUUUUAUUUGUGGUGAACUGAAACUCAGUCUUGUAGACAGGACUUGAAGUUCAUUUGUGAUGAAGAAAAUUUCCAAGAGCAGCUGCAAGUCAGCAUCACACAGGCUCUUUAAGGACAAGGCAAGGAACCAUGUUGAUGACCUGCAGGUGAUGUUCUUGGAUCUGCAGUUUGCCCGAAAGGAGAGCCGUACUAUCGAUGCUGCACUUCUCGAGGAGCAAGUCCAUCAGAUGCUUCGCGAGUGGAAGGCCGAGCUUAACGAGACAUCUCCUGCUUCCUCUUUGCAGCAAGGUGGUAGUCUUGGUUCAUUCUCAACCGAUGUCUAUAGGCUAUUGCAGCUCUGCGAGGAGGAAGAUGAUGCCACUAGUCCAUUAGUUGCACCUAAGUCUGAACCUAAUGAUCAGAUUAUGCAGGCUGGGGCUAAGGUGAUAGUCCAAGAGGGCCAACAUCAACAGGAAUUCCGAUUACUUAAAGAAUGCAAACACUCCACUGUAGGAGUUCCCAACAUAGCAGCAAAUAACUUGGAUGGAACUGCUUUAGAGUAUCACCAAUUUGAUAUCAAGGACUUGGAUCACAGCUUCUAUGCCGGUACAGGUUUUUGUGAGGAAGGUGGUGUUCCUCACAUAUCUAGCUAUCUUCCAAGUGUGUGCCCUCCUCCUUCUGCUUUCUUAGGCCCAAAAUGCGCGCUUUGGGACUGUCCAAGACCUGUUCAAGGCUUGGACUGGUGUCAAGACUAUUGCAGUAGCUUUCACGCCACUCUAGCUUUAAACGAAGGACCACCAGGCAUGACCCCAGUUCUAAGACCUGGGGGAAUUGGACUCAAGGAUAAUUUACUUUUUGCUGCUCUUGGUGCUAAGGCACAAGGAAAAGUUGUUGGAAUCCCAGAAUGUGAGGGAGCAGCAACUGCAAAAUCUCCAUGGAAUGCACCUGAGCUCUUUGAUACUUGUGUUCUUGAGGGUGAGACUAUUAGGGAGUGGCUUUUCUUUGAUAAGCCUAGAAGGGCAUUUGAGAGUGGAAACAGAAAGCAGAGGUCACUGCCGGAUUACAGCGGGCGAGGGUGGCACGAGUCUAGAAAGCAAGUGAUGAACGAGUUUGGAGGGCUGAAGAGAUCCUAUUACAUGGAUCCUCAACCUUUGAACCUUUUUGAGUGGCACCUUUACGAGUAUGAAAUCAGCAAGUGCGAUGCGCGCGCCUUAUACCGGUUGGAACUAAAGCUCGUCGACGGGAAGAAGAGCUCCAAGGCAAAGAUAGUAGUAACAAGUGAUUCAGUUGCUGGUCUGCAGAAGCACAUUGGAAGCCUCUCUGCUAAAGGUAGAACCAAGCUUGGCAUAGGAGGUGGUGUUUAUUCAGCUUCUAACAGAGUUGCUCUACAACUAAAUGCACCUUAUCAAUACGGCUUAACUUCUUCACCAUAUGAUGACUAUGUUGUUGACAACACAAGAGACUAUUAUGUGACAUGAUUGAUCCCUUUCCUUUUUUUUCACUUUUUCUUCUUAGGAACAAGACAAGGUGAUUUUUUAUCCUUGUCAAGACAUUGUGAAUAGCUCAUUCUCACAGGAAGAUUGUGCUGCAUUAGAGGCUUGCUUGGGAAGAUCACCAACAAUUAGUGAGUGAUAGAAUCAUCAGCACAAAGUUGCAGCAAUUCAGUCCUCCUGACUCUUAUUUUCUUAAUCAUGCUAAUGUAAGAAACUUGUAUGGAGGGCACAUAAUAUUGGUUGUGUAAUAAAAUGUUUGUGUCCCUUCAUGAGAAUCUAUCAUAACUCGAUAAAAGAAACGGAAUCUUCGAAAGUCAGCAUUGUGCCUUGUUUUAUUUUUUUCGUUACAAGGCCACUUCUAUCUAGACAUUACAAUAGGCAUCCGAUACGAUUAAUGUUGGAGUGAUUUAAAUA